AUGGCUCCGAAGCAGGCGACCCUGGGCAAGUUCUUUGGGGCAAAGGCUGGCGCGCCAGUGAGGCAGACCACGCUGUCUUUUGCGACCAAGACGGGGAGCAAGGCGACUGCCAAGGACAAGGCUGAGGAGGAUGGGUCUGACGGCGAUGCGAGCACAAAGGAGAACUCAGAUCCAGAGAAGGACACCAAAAAGCGGCCACGGUCACCCAAGAAGAGCCAGGAUGCGGUUUCAUCACAGGCCGGCGACAAGAUGGAUGUGGACGAAGAUGAAGCUCCCGUGACAAAACGAGCCAGGCGAACUCGGGUCAAGGUUGAGGACGAUGAGGACGACACUCCCCAAUCGUCGCCCAAGAAGGAAGAAGCCCCAAGCAGCCCCCCUGCCAAGAAGAAGAGAUCGCCGAGCCCCCCAAAGUCGAGCUCCAGGUCAAGAUCAUCGUCGCCGAAGCCAACCCAGAUCAAGAAGGAGAAGAAAUCUGCUGCGGUGGAGGACUCUGAUGAGGUUAUGAAGGAUGAGUCGUCCUCAGAAUCGGCAUCAGAGGCUGAGAGCGAGUCGGAAGAGAAGGAAAAAGUCACUGCCAAGGCGCGCAAGGCCCAACAAACAAUGCUUCAGAAACACGAAAAGGACCCGUAUCCCGACUGGAAGCCCGGUACCCCCGUGCCAUAUGCAGCCCUCUGCAAGACCUUUUCCCUGAUUGAGCUGACGACGAAACGGUUAAUCAUUAUGGAGCACUGUUCACGCUUCCUGCGUCAAGUCAUGCGCCUCACGCCCGACGACCUCUUGCCCACUGUUCUUCUCAUGAUCAACAAGCUCGCCCCUGACUAUGCAGGCAUAGAGCUAGGCAUUGGCGAAUCUCUCAUCAUGAAAGCCAUAGGUGAAACAACUGGACGAAGUCUUCAGGUCAUCAAGGCUGAUCAGAAAGAGAUUGGCGACUUGGGCCUGGUUGCUGUGAAGAGCAGAUCAAAACAGCCAACCAUGUUCCAGCCGAAGGCGCUGACCGUGAGGGGCGUCCACCAAGGACUGAUGAACAUUGCCACAGUCAGCGGCAACGGUGCUCAGGGUCGCAAGGUCGAUGGUAUCAAGAAGCUCUUGUCUGCGUCAGAUGCGUAUCUGAAGGAAAAGGUGGAUAUCACAAAGGAUAAGGGCGGGCCAAGCGAGGCAAAGUACAUUAUCCGGUUUCUGGAGGGCAAACUUCGACUUGGUUUGGCAGACAGGACCGUUCUGGUCUCACUAGCCCAAGCCGUUGUGGCCCACGAAGCGGAGCAGAAGGGAAAGAUUCCCAGCACCACGGAUCUGGAGAAUGGCGAGUCUAUCCUCAAGACGGUUUACAGUGAGCUGCCGAGCUACGAUGUAAUCAUUCCAGCGAUGCUCAAGUAUGGCAUCUUCAACCUGAGAGAGCACUGCAAGCUACGACCGGGUGUGCCCCUAAAGCCCAUGCUGGCCAAGCCUACCAAAGCCAUCACAGAGGUCCUGGACCGCUUUGAAGGCCAGACGUUUACUUGCGAGUACAAGUACGACGGCGAACGUGCUCAGAUCCAUUACGUCGCCAAGGAUGCUUCGGAAGACUUGAGUGCGCCCGCUGCAGGAGUCGCCAAACCGGCUGCCUCGGGAGUUUCAUGCAUCUUCUCCCGCAACUCGGAAGACCUGUCCAAGAAAUAUCCCGAUAUCCUUGAGAAGCUCCACACAUGGGUCAAGGAAGACACGAAGAGCUUUGUGCUCGACUGUGAGACUGUCGCCUGGGAUGUCACGGAGAAGAAGGUCUUGCCUUUCCAGCAGCUCAUGACUCGCAAGAGGAAAGACGUCAAGGCCGAGGACAUCAAAGUCAAGGUCUGCGUCUUUGCCUUUGAUUUGUUAUAUUUCAAUGGCGAGGCCGUGGUGGAGAAGUCUCUCCGCGAGCGAAGGGAGCUCCUCCACACUGCGUUCACCCCAGUUGAAGGUGAAUUCGCCUUUGCCACACAUAUGAACGGUCAGGAGCUGGACGAGAUCCAGUCUUUCCUCGAUGAGAGCGUCAAGGCAUCUUGCGAGGGUCUCAUGGUGAAGAUGCUGGAUGGGAAGGAAAGUGGAUAUGAGCCCAGCAAGCGAAGUCGAAACUGGCUCAAGAUUAAAAAGGAUUACCUGUCUGGUGUAGGAGACUCGCUAGACCUGGUUGUCAUCGGAGCCUACUACGGCAAAGGCAAGCGGACAUCUGUCUACGGCGCUUUCCUGCUAGCUUGCUACAACGCCUCGACAGACACUUACGAAACGGUCUGCAACAUUGGCACUGGCUUCUCAGAACAAGUCCUCGAGGAUCUUUACGCUCAGCUCUCCCAAAUCACAAUCAGCCGCCCCAAACCCUUCUACUCGCACUCUUCAGGCGGCCAGCACCAGCCGGACGUCUGGUUUGAGCCAAAGUACGUGUGGGAGGUGAAGACGGCCGACUUGACGCUCAGCCCGCGGUACAAGGCUGGCUGGAAGGAGGGAGUGGACCCAGCGGGCGAAAAGGGCAUCAGCUUGCGGUUCCCGCGAUUCAUCAAGAUUCGAGACGACAAGAAGCCGGAUGAGGCGACGAGCAGCAGGCAGGUUGCGGAGAUGUACAGGAAGCAAGAGAGUGUGACGAAGAAUAAGGGGCCGUCGGUGGAUGACGACUUUGAGUAUUGA